CUUGUGGCCUCGACUCCUCGAGCAAUCGGCGAGACCAAGCCUGUAUUACGAGCCACAGCCAAACAUCGCGUUCGCGACAAGCAUCCUGCGUUCCGAAAUCCCUCCAUCCCGUCCAUCCCUGCUGGACUCGCGAGAAUGGCGUCAUCGAAGAGCGCGAACACCUACAAUAGAUUGAACUGGGAGGAUGCUGAGUUUCCCAUCCUGUGUCAGACCUGUCUGGGAGAGAAUCCUCUUAUUCGAAUGAUGAAGGAUCGCUACGGCAAGGAAUGCAAAAUCUGCGCCCGACCUUUCACAGUAUUCCGUUGGUGCCCUGGACCGAAAAGCCGCUUCAAGAAAACUGAGGUCUGCCAAACUUGCGCAAAACUGAAGAACGUUUGCCAAACUUGCCUGCUCGACCUGGAUUAUGGACUCCCCGUCCAAGUUCGUGAUCAAGCUCUGAAUAUCAAAGAUGAGAUACCGAAAAGCGACGUCAACAGAGAAUAUUAUCAGCAGAACGUCGAAGCCACAGUUGCCGUGGGCGACCCGAGUCGUCCGUACGGACAGCUCGCGAAGGCUCAAGCGCCAAGCGAUGUCCUGGCAAAAAUGGCUCGAUCUACUCCGUAUUACAAGCGAAAUCGACCUCAUAUAUGCUCCUUCUGGGUCAAAGGCGAGUGUAAACGAGGCGACGAAUGCCCGUAUCGGCAUGAGAAACCGACAGAUCCGGACGACCCAUUGGCGGAUCAGAAUAUCAAGGAUCGUUAUUACGGAACCAAUGAUCCUGUGGCCCACAAACUGAUGCAGAGGGCCCAAACUAUGCCCAAAAUUGAGCCGCCUGCGGACAAGAACAUAACGACAUUGUACCUCGGAGGUGUACCGAAAGAAACGACCGAUCAAGACAUCAGGAACCAUUUCUAUCAGUUCGGAGAAAUUCGGGCGAUCAAUAUUGUGGAAAAACAAAGUUGUGCCUUCAUAUGCUUCAUGACGAGAGCGUCGGCGCAGCUCGCCGCCGAGCGAAGCUUCAACAAGCUCUUUCUCCAUGGUCGUCGCAUCAAUGUGAAAUGGGGCCGGAGUCCAGCCUUGGUCUCUUCGCGUGAUGAACCAUCGACCAGUGGAGCAUCGAUGUACAACUCCGGAGGCGAAGUCGCUGCCCUAGCCCCACCCCCAUUCCCGCCAGGAAUGCUGCCCCCGCCAGGGCUGAAUCAACUUUAUUAUCCGAGUAUGGAUCCCGGGAGGAUGGGGACAUUCAAUUAA